AUGGUCGCGUCCACGUCCAUGAUGUCGGCGACCCGCAACUGCGCCUCGGCGGACGCCUCCGAGUUCCUGCACCGCUGGCAGACGCCGAACGCGCGCAACCGGUCCUACGACCUGCGCAGCGCCGCGGACCCCAUCGCGACGCACGACUACGCGCCGGACCGGCCGUCGACGGGCCUCCAGCGGCGCGUCGACCGGCGGCGGCUGCCGCCGAGCCGCUACGGCGACGACGACAAGCACGUGCCCCAGAUCCUCCAGCAGGACUGGAAGGGCAUCAACAGCUUCGCGCUCGACAAGCUCGUCGACUACCGCCAGUACCCGAAGCCGCGCGUGCCCUUCCGGCCGUCGACGGUCCAGACGCGCACGGACUUCAUGAUCUCCACGGCGACGAACUUCGGGGGGCACUACAAGCGGCCCCAGACGGGCCAGGCGACGCCCGCGGCCGUCGCGCGCGAGUACGACGCGCUCAAGCGGCGGCUCUACGAGCUCAACGCCCAGGCGCGGCGCGUCGCGGGCACGCACCCGUCGCGGAACACCGAGCCGACGCACGCGCCGCAGUUCACGGGCCCGAACCCCGGCCCGCUGCCGCUGACGGCGCCCCUGCCCGGGCCCGCGCGGUUCCCGGCGCUGCCCGAGACGCUCCACUGGGAGGAGGCCGAGUGGACCAUGGGCGAGACGCGCGCCUUCGUCGCCGAGGCGGCGGAGGCGCACCACCUGCACACGGGCUGGACGGCGAUCAUCUGCGGCCACAACGUCGAGCGCGACUUCGACGACGACGCCGUGACCAAGGCGCUGAGCGGCCACCUCCACGCGCUCGGCUACGCGACCGUGCGCCUCGGCUUCGAGGACAACCUGUCGGCCGUCGGCGGGCCCGCGCGGGCGGAGCUGCUGGAGGCGCACGUCGCCAACCUGAGCGACGUCUACGAGGGCUACCGCCACGAGCUGCCGCGCAAGAUCGGCGACCCGCACAAGACGGAGACGAAGAUUCUGGUGGUCGCGUACUCGUACGGCUGCGCGGUCGCGCGGAAGUGGAUCUCCGAGAACCAGCGCGAUCUCGACGUCCACGGCGUCGCCUUCGUCUGCCCGCCGGUGGACGCGGAGAACGCCAAGGCGCCGGGCGUCGGGCUCAUCGGGAAGACGUUCCUGCUCUCGCACGCGGGCGACUUCCCGUCGAUCCUGGCGGUCGUCGGGGAGCGGGACGACCUCUGCGGGUUCGAGUCCUUCCACAAGCGCCGGGGCCGCGCGGCCGUGAACACGCAGAUCCUGCCGGGCGCGGGCCACGCGCUCGACGGGCCGGGCGACGUCACGGAGCUGUCGCGGAGGAUCCACGAGUACGCGUCCUGCGCGAUCGUGGACAAGAACGACGACUACGAGGCCGGCAUGGUCUACCUGCCCCUGGCGAAGGAGGCGGCCUACGUGCUGUGCCCGGAGGCGAACGUGGGCGCGGCGAAGGCGUGCGAGGUCGUCGACCUCGACUACGGUCUGGAGGGGCGCGUGGUCAGGGAGGAGACCGUGGUCUGCGUCUUGAAGUGCCGCGACCGCGUCACGGUGCGCGGCGUCGCCAAGGUUGGCAAGCGGAACACGUCCAAGUACCGCGAGCGGGUCCGCGUCGAGACGAAGGACGGCGCGCGCGGCUGGGUCUGCGCGGAGGCGCUCUCCGGCGACUGGGCCAUGCGCGCCUACUACUGCGAGGAGUGGCCCGGCGCCGACUCCGACGGCGAGACGUGA